AGCCAUUUCUUGUGUUGAUGAAUCGUGAUUGUGUGUCAUGUUUUCUUAAGCAAAGCCCAGCGUGUUGUUGAUUUAUGUUACUUUUAGUGCAUAAGUAAUAAAAGUGUUUUAAACAUAUACUGUGUUAUUAAAGUUAUAGAACCACAUUGUGACAUGGAUCCAUUUAGUGAGAUAGCAGUGAGAUGGAAGCCGUUGUUUAUCUAUUCCAUAAUGUUGCUGGUCCCACACGCCCAGUCGCACACCCUGGCUCAGAGGUUUGUGGCAAGACAAGGGUUUUACGACAAAGUAAGGAGUGCCAAACAAGAGGUCUCUGAUAACUUUUACAAACAACCUAAAGGAAUGACAAAUGACAUAACUAUGGUUACAACUAUGUUAUGGUCAAAGCAGCUCAAUAUGUCUUCUGAAUAUCCCCACAUAUUGAGAGCUGCCAAUCACACUCAGAUAUUGAGUGGAGAUCAGCUGUGGGAAGUGAAACAAGAACAGCUCUCACAUAUUAUCUUACUGCCCACCAAUUUCAAAGACAUGGAUGUGCAACUCGUUCAGGGUACUGAAUGGCACAAAACACAACUGCUUUUGGUUUGUUUUAAAAAACACAGAUGCAGUUUGUUCAUCACUAACCAUACACAUAGCUUUUCCUACCGUCAGUCCAUUUCUGAUUUUGGAAACCCAAUCGAUGCUCAGUUCUUUGAACAGCAAAACAGUCUGUUCCUGGCUGUGCUAUAUCAGCAGCAUAACAGUACGGAUUCGAAACUCAGGAUCUAUCGCUGGAAUCUGUCCCUGGACCUGGAGCCUACGCCUAUCAUAUCUUCAUCUGCUUUGUCUCUCAUUGUGUUCAAUUGUGGAGAAAAUGUUCUAUUUGUUCUCGGUUGCUCUGAGUACAACCAAGUAAAGUUCUCAUCUGAAGUAUGGUGUCGUAAACCUGAUGGAAAUAUAUUUAGAGUCCAGUAUUUGCCAGCAAACAAGUAUAUAACAUAUUUUACACAGAAAGAUGAACACUUUCUUUUGGUUUCAAAACAAAAAAGUGCUACAGCAAUUUACUGGUGGGAAGGAAAUGAGUUUAUUGAGUGGGUAGCUGUGGAUAAAUUGUUGGAAUACACUAAUGUAUUUGUUUGUUACAACAUUAAGAAUACAGCGUUCUUUGUAUUUACUAAUGGUCCGUCUUUUAAAAUUUAUGUUAUGAUUUCAACAAGACUGGAAAAAGUAUUUGAAAUGGAUAAUUAUAUGGACCAAACUGAUGAACACUUGAGUAAAGAUGAACUCCAAGAUCUAAAAAUUAUCAAACUGAUAAUGUAUGAAGAAAACAAGAAAAUAUAUAUACUUGUCCAAUCAAAAGUAAAAGAAACUAAUUUUAUAACACUUAUAAAUGUCCAUAUAAAGUUCUCAAAUCCAUAUGAAACUGGAGAUCAGAUCGUGAUGGAAACCAGUAGAGUGGAGAAGAGGGUUAGCAGCUUGUUAAAUGGCAUUGGAUCACUGGAGAAUCAAACAAGAACUCUUCUAUCGAUGCUACCUUCACUUCUUCUUACCAACAGACAGACCACUAUCAAUGCGACAGCUAGAGUUUCAGCAUUGGCAAAAGUUCUCAGUGGAAACAUUUGGAGCGUGACGAACAUAGAUGCCUCAUCUGCUAGAAAAAUAAAGAAAUUGGUUUCAACAAUUUCAUAUCUUGGAGGACUAAUUGAAACACUUUCAACUGCUCUCGUCUCUGCUAAAGAGUACAAGAAUACAAAACAUCUUACUUACAAUGGAGAUCUAUUUAUAGAGUCAGCAAAUAUAAACUCAUUGAGUUCUGCAACUGUAAAUAACAGACAAUUUGUACCAGAAUCGUUUUUGUCACUGAACAGUGAUCAGAGACUAGUGAGCAUAAAAGCAAAAACACUUAAGGUUGAUUCACUAGUAACUCUUAAUAAAAUUGCUAACAGAUCAGUGGACGAUCUGUUACUGACUGGAACAAUGGUGAAAUCUCCUGUAAAGACCAAUCAUCUUGCAAUACACAGUCUGCAGAUGGGUGACUUCACAGAGAUCAACAACAUUCUAGUGAGAGAUAUUAUCAACAGAAACUCCAUUGUAACUUCUGGAGAAGACACAAAUACCAUUCGAAAGGUGGCAUCCAAGCAAGCGCGGAGACAAAAGAUGAUUAAAACCCUCCAAUUGCAGGACUUCAGAGUAAUAGAUAAUUUGAUUGUGGAUGUUAUUGACAACAUCCCCAUCUUAGACUUAUUCAACUCCAUCUACAUCAAUGAAUUCCACAAUGUUAUAAACGGAAGUUUACACUUUAAGAAAGGUUUGCGGUCAAAACAACUCAUAUUGAAAAAAAUUCCUGAAGCUAUUCCACAGUUUCCUGAAGUUAAUCCAAAGUUUCCACCACAGUUAAAUCCAAAUAUAGUCAAAUUUUAUAAAAGUUUACUUCAUAAGCAUGACAGUGCUCAAAACCCUCACUAUCAAAUUAGACCUAUGCUGAUGCCGUAUCAACCACCUGUAAAAACCAUACUUUAUCCAGUUGGGAGAAUAAAGCGAGAUAAUGAGAAGAGCUCUAAAAACAUAUUUAAAACCAAAGUAAAGAUAUUGGGAAACUUUAAGGUGAAUCAGCUUUUAUUUCAUAAUAGUUUGCUAAAUGCAAGCAACCAAUUUGUACCAACUUCAAACUUGGACAACUUUUAUUGGACUUCUAAAACUCCCCAGGUUAUUUCUACGUCAGUGCACUUCAGCAAAGGUAUAAGUUUACUGAAUGAUUUGAAAUAUCCGGUAGUGAAUGGCAAGAAUUUAACAAACUCUGCGACUAGAAAUUCAAUGUACCAUUCACUUUUCCUUGAAAACAUCCAUGUAGUGGGAAACAUUUCAAGUGAAGAAGAUCCUAUUAGUUUGGAGCAGUUGGGCAGAGGAGUUAAGGUUUUAGAAAACAGUGAAUUUGAAGUGAAGCAUAUUCACACAAAUUAUAUUAACGGGGACAACGCUCAAAGAAUCUUGCUAAAGGAUGAUCUUCUCUCAAAUGAUUUGAGGAUUGUCACAGGUAACUUAACCAUAAAAGGAAGUCUACAAGCAGGCCUUAUAAAUGAAAUAAAUGUUCAGGAAAAAUUUGAAACUGCUGUCAUGGUUGACAGUGAUACCAAACUUGGAGAAUUGAUCUACAAUGACAUCUCAGCAAACUUUGCAGAAAUAGACUUCAUAAAUAAUCAUACAACAGAUAUGCUGUUGGAAUCAAUGACUGCGAGUGAGGACAUAAAUUUCACAGUCUCGAUGAAUGACAACUUACACUUAUCAAAGCUCACUGAUGUGUCUUUUGUCAAUGGCAAAUCGACUAAUCUAUCUUUGGUGGUCAGAAAAUCAAAGCCUGCAACAGUCUAUGGAAGAAAGUAUUUCAAAAGUCAAGUCUCAAUAAAUAAUCUUACAAUUACAAAUAUAAAUGGCAAGCAUGUUGGAAAUUUAUUUAAAAAUCUUCUAAGAACAUCAUCUAACCAUGAUUUGUCAGGAUUUGUUACCAUAAGAAAUGCUUCAAUGAAAUCACAAUUUGAAGUAAAUGAUAUUAAUAGUGUCAACAUUUCCAAACUAGUCUACAUUAACCAACCACAGGUGAACAUGACUAGUAAUUUUCGGUUUUCUUCUCUCAUGGUCAAAGGUAAUUUGACUUCUACCUCAAUUCUCAAUGGAUGUGUUCUGCCUCAGAUGAAGGCAGAGGGGGUUGUGUUUGACUAUCCUACAGCAUGGACAACUCUACAAGUAAUGGGGAACUCUAAAUGGCUUCCUACUCCCAACGGAAAACUUCAUCACUUUCUAGACUCUGCUGUAACUUCCACCACUGACCAAACCAUCACUGGGAAUGUCUUACUGACAAAUGGUUUCUUCAGAGAUGUCAUUACUGAUUCCUUGAAUGGAAAAAACUUUAAUUUUAUAAUGAAAGAUUCACUUUCUAAGAAGAAAGAAAAUCAGAGAGUGUCAGGGAAAAAGCAUUUCACUGGAAUCAUAAGAUGUGACAACGUACAUGUGAAAGGAGAUGCAAGAUUUGGAUCAAUCAAUAGUUUAAAUAUUGAAGAUAUAGAUUCAAGACUGGUGCGUCGUACAGUUGACUAUAAUGUAAAAAAUAAACCUGUGAAAGGACAUAAAACAUUCAUGUCUGGUUUCAAAGCUUCUCGCUUAAGAUCCUCAGGUGGUGUGAAUGGUAUUGCAGAGGGUCUUAUAGCAAGAGAUAACUUCCCAGAAAUUCUUCCCCCAUUAUAUGUACGAUCACUGACUAUCACAGGAAAUAUCCAAGCCAAGAUUAUCAACAGCUUUAAUAUUGAUAGAUUCAUAAACGAUUGUGUUUAUUUAAAUCAUUCUGAUACUCAGUUUAUUGGUCGAAAGUUCCAUAUUCAGGGGAAUGUAACUUUCCAAGGAAACGUGACAACAUCAAAUAUUAAUAACAUUCCAAAUAAUGAACUUGUAUUUGUUAAAAGUGGAAAAAAUCCAAUCUCCAUAACAAAAUGUAAGAGGUUUACGAAAAAUAUAUUAAUUGAUUCUAAUUUUAAUGCUACCAUUUUGAAUGGUAACAGUCUAUCUGCAAGAUACAAAAUGAAUAUGAAAAUACAUGAAAACACAACUGUGAAAGGAUCACUCGAAUUAAAGUCUGCAACAGAGCUGAGCACAUUGUACGCACAGAAAGUCUUCGUUGGGAGUAAGCAGCUCAUGUACCUUAAUGGAUCAUAUUCUCCAUAAAAUUAUUUUAUUUGUGACAGCUGUGAUUUUAUGUAUUUACAAAAGUACAUAAAUAUGUUAAUUAUGAAAAUAUAAAAGUGUAAACUUAUACAAGUAUUACUUUUAUUACUUGCUAAAAAAUUACUUGCUAUCCUGAUAGUGUGUGUUAAGGCUAAUCUAAGUUUUAAAUGUAUUCCAUGAAUGUCUACAUGUGGUUAAACUAUUUGUUGCAUUUCUCAGCUUUAUAUAAAAUAUAAUAAACAUGUUUAUUUAAAAGGCA